AAGUCUUUAUUACUACUUCCAAAAAAAAAAAGUCUUUAUUACGUUCAAUCACAUAAUCAAACUGCAAAGAAAAAAAGGAAAAAGGAAAAACAUUGUUUUUGUAACUCAGCGUUUCCUUAGCUGUGAAAAGUUUCUCUCUCUCUCUCUCCGUCGCAUAUUUUCUCUUCUCAGGCAAUUACACGCUGCCGUUUCGCUUCCUCUCUUCCCUCUCUCUCUCUCUCAACAACGAAGCUCAAAUCUUUUUCUUCUUUGCGGGGUCUUGGCUUUCAGAUAAGUAUAAACUGAUGUGUUAUACAGGUAGGAACUGGAAUUCAGUUUGAAUGUUAAUUUAUUUCUUGGAGGAUCUUCCAGAGUUUUCUGAAAGUACUAGCUUUCACAAGUGCUCUGAAAAUGAGUUGAAGGACAAAACUUUAUAAUGACUUGCAAUGUUAGCGUUUUAAAAGGUUGGGCCGUUGAGUUAAGUUCUCAUUUAGAAACAAUUCUUUGGUAAGGGUUUUUUACUGUAAAAAUUUGGAUAACGCCGGAAGUCUGAAAUCCAUGGACUAAAAUUCUUAGCUGGGCUCCAUACUUGACAUUAUACAUUUGCAAAUUGUAAAUCCAAGUAUCCAAUGGUGAAUAUCUGAAGAUUGUAUAUUCCACUGCUGUGAUUGACAUAGCAAAAAUUUGUUUGUGAAGAAUCGCUGGAAUCAGAUGAAACCUUGGUUAGUAUGUCUGGAUUAAUUGAAGGUCUUCCAGAUGCUGUUGCCCUUAGGUGCAUAGCGCGGGUUCCCUUCUACCUUUAUCCUAAGUUGGAGCUUGUUUCUCGCUCCUGGAGAGCUGCCAUUCAUAGCCCUGAGCUGUUUAAGGCUCGACAGGAGGUUGGCUCAGCAGAGGAACUUCUGUGUGUGUGUGCCUUUGAUCCAGAGAAUUUAUGGCAGAUGUAUGAUCCUCUCCACGACCUUUGGAUUACUCUUCCUGUCCUUCCCUCAAAGAUCAGGCACCUUGCCCACUUUGGUGUGGUCUCAACUGGUGGAAAGCUGUUUGUGCUUGGUGGUGGGAGUGAUGCUGUUGACCCAUCAACUGGUGAUCAAGAUGGGAGUUUUGCGACUGAUGAAGUUUGGUCAUAUGAUCCUAUAAUGCGUCGGUGGGCUCAACGUGCAUCUAUGAUCUUACCUCGUGCCAUGUUUGCAUGCUGCGUUUUGAAGGGAAAGAUCAUCGUUGCUGGUGGCUUCACCAGCUGCAGAAAAUCUAUAUCGCAAGCAGAAAUGUAUGAUCCUGAGAAAGAUGUGUGGAUUCCAAUACCUGAUCUCCACCGCACUCAUAAUUCAGCAUGCUCAGGAUUAGUUAUUGGAGGAAAGGUGCAUGUCUUGCACAAGGGAUUAUCUACAGUGCAAGUCUUGGACCAUAUGGGGUCUGGGUGGACAGUGGAGGAUUAUGGUUGGCUCCAGGGUCCAAUGGCAGUUGUACAGGGAUCCCUCUACGUGAUGAGCCAUGGACACAUUUUCAAGCAGGAAAAGGAAGUGAGAAAGGUGGUGAUUUCUGCCUCGGAGUUUCGUAGGAGAAUCGGGUUUGCGAUGACCGGACUAGGAGAUGAAAUUUACGUGAUAGGAGGGGUGAUUGGCCCUGACCGAUUUAAUUGGGAUAUCAAACCAAUGUCUGAUGUGGAUAUCUUGACAGUUGGCGGUGAUAGACCGACAUGGCGACAAGCAGCUCCAAUGACAAAAUGCCGGGGAACAAUUUUUGGUUGUACUCAGCUAAGAAUUUAAGUUUCUCACUGGUUUUUUAGAGCUGUUGGUUUUGUUGUGAAAAGUGUACUCUUGUCGAGGCAUUGAAUUCCUCCUAUUGGAGACGAGAAAUGAUCGUUUUAUUGGCUACCUUAUUUUCGUUUUGUAAGCCAUUAAUAUUCUUUCGCCUGGCUUUUUGCCCUUUUCAUUGUUCCACUCCAUGCUCAAGCUCAUGCAUCAAAUAUAGCUACGUCAAUAAUUACUUUA